GGUGGUGGGUGAAAUGAAGGACGGAGGGAACUUGGGAGGAUCUUCGGCCUGCAGACGAUGCCACUGAAGACUACUUUCGUGACAAAUUACGGAUGUCUCCACGUGUCUUCCGUGAGACCGUUGAGAACUUGUCGCCGAUUCUCGAGCGACGUGUGACAUUCUACAGAAAGCCUUUGCAGCCAGACCACAUCGUCGCCUACGCGCUUUACAGAUGGGCGUCCGGCGAGACAUACGAGAGCAGCAGCUGCGGCUUUGGAAUUGGCAGGGCUUCGGGUUUGGUGGCCGUCCGAGACGUCACAGCUGCGCUGCUUUCAGUGUACAGGGAGAAGGUGGCGUGGCCGACUGGCGUGUGGAAGGCGGUUGUUCUGCGUGCUUUUGCGGACAAGGGUUUCCCGAACUGUCAUGGGUGCAUCGAUUGCACCCAUAUCUACAUCGACAAGCCGGCGAACGUGGCUCCAGAAGACUACUACGACCGCAAGAGACGAUUCUCUGUCGUCGCUCAAGUUGUGGUGGACUUGGACUUGCGCGUCCUCGAUGUGUUCUUGCAAAAUGAAAAGAAUGGGCAUGUCCGUGAUUAGGGAAUUUUUGUGAAAAAGACGGAUUUCAUUUUGUUGUAAUCAUUAAUUAAAAAAAAAAAAAACGGACGGUGCCUGGGGAGUCGGGACAUCCAUCCAGUUUGUUGUUUUUUUUUUCCUGAGGGCAACAGCCUUGCAAUGAACCCAGUCAGAUGGAAAGCUGGUCAAUGUCAGAACAGAGAAUGUCUUAGCGCAGUUUCAAUGUCUCUGAAAUCAUACAUGUAAUCAAGUAGCCAAAUGUCU